CCAUGGACUUACGAUUAUUCAACUAUUUCGCGGAGCCAGAAACAUAAGUUGUGAUGCCCCAAUCAGAUUGUUGACCUCAGGGGAACACAAACAUACCACGGUUCAUCCACAGCGCACUUCUUUUUUUUUUAUCAUCGUGCACUUGAAACAAGACUGAACAACUCAAGUGUCGAAGAAAAAACUGACGCGUCGAACAAAACAACCACCGUCCGUUUAGUGAAUAAUGGCGCCCCAAAGACAAUCUUCCCCGAAAGGAAGUUCCCAGCAGUGGAAACAAACCUCGAGAAUAGUACCAGCGCUGGACGAGCAUAUACAACGGUGGCCUUCAUCCUCUGUCCCUCAUCUACUGGACUUUCUAUCACUACGGACGCUUACAAACAACCUUGACAUUUCAAAUCAAUAUAUGGUAGCCCAGAUGACCCAAUCCACCCCCCCUGCCUCCUCAUCACACGGUUCAGAUUCUUCCGAAGCAACACAUCACAUAGCAAACGCUAGCAUGCAUAUGGGUCUAUUACCCGGGCCCGAGCCCCCAUACAUUCCCUACCCAGGCUACGCCACCUACCAUCCGUACGGUGUGCCGCCUCAUUGGACGCGUGGUCCCGCGCCCCCAUACACGCCUAUGGUGCCUUCGCCUGAUGCGGGUGCUGGAGUUGCGCGCAACGCGUUCCAAGCGGGACAAAAUGGUUAUUACCCCCCUGCAGUGGGCGAUGUCUCGCGCGCCACUCAGGUUGUUCAAUACCCACCGCCAGAUGUUGCUGCUCCCCCACCAGCGCACACCAUAUAUCAUCAACCCUUCCCGUCUAUUCCGGGAGGUGCGGGCCCUCACGCGUACGCUCCACCCAUCCCGGACCAAGGAAAUUUCAACCAGCAUCACGGGCCUGGGCUCUCAAUGGGCUCUGCUUCCUCGUCUCUGCCUCAAGCACCAAGCGGUCAAAAGCAAGUCCGCCAACGCCGCAAGGUCAGAAAAUCAAAAAUAAGCUCUAGCAAGGUAUACGACGACCCAUUAAACCCGUGCUUGAUGAAUACGGUCAACCCACAGGGAAAUUCGUGUGCGCAUUAGAUGGCAAGAAAAUUGGACCUAACAGCUAUCGUAAGCACACGAUAUCCGCCAAACACCAAGGCUCCGAACUAAAGAGAAUUAAAUGUUCUCUUUGUUCCA